UCUUCAGCACCAUAUUCAAACAAAAAAUCAUUUUACAACAGAAAACGUAAAUGCACCGGGAAAAUGCAAUCAAACACAUUAUCUCAUUGACCAAAAAAAAAAAAAAUCCUUCACAGAUAAACAGAGUAUUCUGAAUUUUCCAUCUGUCAUCAAAAUUCAAUUCAAUUUUUUUUUUCUUUCUGAUUCAUCCAAUACUAAGCUACACAAUCUGAAUUUGGGGGAGUUCCUGAUUGUGUGGGACUGAUCAGAUACACACAUCUAUACAGUACUAUAAAACUACAGAACUGAGGGGUCAUACAUUCCACUUGUAAUUCAAUUGAAACAUCCAAGACAAUAUAGGACUCCCCAUAUUUCUUUUCAUCACUCCACAUACACUUAUGUGUCUAUCAAUCCCUCAUUAAACACACAGAGAAAAACAAAAAAAGUCACGUACUAAACCCUAACUCCCUCAAGACCCACAUCACUUUGGGUACUUCCAAGAUUCAAUUUUUCUGAGAAAAAUAAACACACCCAAUGGAAGAAAACGAUGUUCUACCUGACGAUCAACGGUGUAACAGAACUGACGGCCGUCAAUGGCGGUGUAAACGGCGUGUAGUUGAAGGUAAAAAACUCUGUGAAAUUCACUAUGUGCAAGGUCGUCACAGGUCGUUAAAACAGAAAGUACCUGAAUCGCUGAAAAUCGUUAGAAAUACGAAAAACAAAAAGAAACCCAAGAUUCAGAAUUCAAAAGGGUGUCUAGAAAUUGGGUUUUCAAAGAGUGAAAGGGCGUUGAGAAAAUUCAAGAAAACGAAACCCCUUAAGCGUAAACCUUGUGUUUCUGAGGCAUUAGAUGAAGCUUUGAGGAGAAUGGAGCUGAAAAGAGGUGAUUUGCCGUUAGAAUUGAUUCGGGUUUUCUUGAAACGACAAGUAGAGAAGAAAAAUGAGAAGGAAUUGAAGAAUGAUAGUGCUGAAUUGAUGAGGGAAUUCCCUAAUGCUGUAAUGGCUAUUCCUUCUAUACCUGCAGAGAAUUUUAACAAUGCAGGUUCUGUUUUAGAUAUAAAAUUAGGAUUGGAUUCUAGCUCUAGCCCCUUUUCGUUAAGGCGUUACCGAUCAAAAAAUAUUGAACCCCUUCCAAUUAGUACAAUGCAGGCUGUGCCAUUUGCUAGGAAUGGGAAGAAUUUACGUAAAGUAAAGAGAAGGUUGUGUCACUGGUGUAGGAAAAGUACCUACCGGGUUCUGAUCAAGUGUUCGAGUUGUAAAAAACAGUACUUUUGUCUUGAUUGUAUUAAAGAAAGGUAUUUGGAACAGCAAGAAAUUAGGGGGGAAUGUCCUGUUUGCCGUAGAGCCUGUAGCUGUAGGAUCUGCAAGAGGAAUGAAUUGAAACCCAGCAGUCAUAAGGAAUUCUAUAGGCAUAAAAGGGAGGUUCAAAAAGUCCAGCUACUUUAUUAUCUGGUCCACCUUCUUCGUCCGAUACUGGAAAAAAUCAACGAAGAGCAGAGAAUUGAAGUAGAAAUGGAAGCAAAGAUAUUAGGAAAGGGGGAAUCUGACAUUCAGGUUCAGCAGGCUUCAGCAGGAGACGGAAAAUUAUAUCACUGUAGUAACUGCAACACCUCCAUUCUGGAUUACCACAGAAUCUGCUCUAAGUGUUCGUAUAGCCUUUGCUUAUAUUGCUGUCGGGAGUCCCGUCAUGGAAGCUUAACUGAAGAUUGUAAGUUUGAAGGUUCCAAUGAAGAACAAGCUUGUUCUUCUAAUUUUGAGAGACAAUCAAGGAUGAAUCAUACUAGCACCUCAAGGCAAAGUUUCUCGGGGAUACAUUACCCAUCUUCCAAGUCAUUCUCCAACUGUCAAGCUUGUGCUGAUGGCAGUAUAUCUUGCCCCCCUGCAGAAUAUGGUGGUUGUAGUGAUAGCUUCCUGGAUUUAAGAUGUGUAUUUCCCUACACUUGGAUCAAGGAGCUGGAAAUCAGUGCUGAAGCAAUAUUAUGCAGCUACAACAGUCAGGACACGGAACAUGAUUUUUCAUCUUGCUCACUAUGCAGGGGAAGUGAUCAUAAAGAUUCUGUUGUUAAUUCAUUCAUCGAAGUGGAUAAGAGACAAGAUUCGAGGGACAAGUUUCUCUAUUGUCCAUCUAUAAAGAAUCUCCGUGAGGAAAACCUUGAACACUUUCAGAAACACUGGGGUGAAGGUCAUCCUAUUAUAGUACGAAAUGUGCUUCGGAUUUCUUCUGAUUUGGCUUGGGAUCCUGUUGUUAUGUUCUGCACUUACCUUGAGAAAAGGUCAAAAUGUUCCCGGGAUAAAGAAGAAGCUAAGGCACAAAAUCACUCGGACUGGUGUGAGGUUGAAAUAGCUAGAAAGCAGAUAUUUAUGGGGUCCCUUGAAUGGCAAACACAUGCAACAAUGCAGCGUGAAAUGGUAAAAUUCAGAGCAUGGCUUUCUUCCCAUCUAUUCAAAGAACAGUUUCCUGCUCACCAUGCUGAGGUCUUGCGGGCUUUACCACUUCAAGAGUAUAUGAAUCCAAAAUCUGGUCUUCUAAAUCUAGCAGCUAAAUUGCCACCAGAAAUGCCAGAGGCUGAUUUAGGACCGUCAAUCUAUAUUUCCUAUGGUGGGCCUGAAGAACUAUUGCAAGCAGAAUUUAUCACUAACCUAGGUUGUGAAUCAUAUGAUGUGGUUAAUAUUCUUGCAAGUGCUACUGAUGUUCCUGCUUCCAAGGAACAAGUAAGAAAAAUAAAAUGUUUAAUGAAAAAUAAGAAGCCUCAAGAUCACAAGGAAUCUACCAGCUAUUCCAGUGAUCAGAAAGGAAAAUCCUCUCUGCAUAGUGGAGACACAGAAGAAUCCGGUCUGCAGGAUGCAACUGGAGGGCAGUUGCCUGAUGGUAUUGCUGAAGUACCUCUUGACUCUGGUGACUCACUAAGAGGUCAAAGGUAUGAAGACCAAGAUGGCAAUAUCUCCAGUGACAAUGAAAAUGACUCAGGAUUUGAGUCUGAUGUCUCACUGUUCUGCUCUGGGUCUGUUGAAAGAUAUGACGAUUCAGACAGUGAUUAUCUUUUUGAAGAAGUUGAUGGUGCAAAGAAAGAAGCAAAAACCUCUGGUGCUCAAUGGGACGUUUUCCGCAGACAAGACAUCCCAAAACUUCUAGAGUACCUCAAAAGGCAUUCUAGCGAGUUCACCUCCACGCGUGGUUAUUCCAGACAAGUUGUUCACCCAAUUCUUGAUCGAAGUUUCUUCUUUGAUUCAUUCCACAAAUUGAAGCUUAAGGAGGAAUUUGAUGUUCAACCCUGGACUUUUGAGCAACAUCUUGGAGAAGCUAUUAUCAUCCCUGCCGGAUGUCCAUAUCAAGUCAAACAACUUAAGUCAUGCAUCAAUAUUGUUUUGGACUUCAUCUCGCCUGAAAAUGUUGCUGAAUGUAUCCACAUAACUGAUGAAAUUCGUCUACUUCCUGAGCACCACAAAGCCAGGGGAAAAGUGCUGGAGGUGAAGAAAAUGGCUCUUUGUGGAAUCAAAAAUGCAAUUGCAGAAAUUCGCGACCUCACACAUACCAAGCAAUCCUCUUGACAACAACUUUGCAGGUUCGUGCUACAUGCUGCUAGGGAAUAGGUUGUAGUUCAUUUUUUCGACAAAGAAGAGGUGAAACAAAGGAGGGAUGAGUGGAUACUGAUGUUUAAGAUCCUCGUCAUUCGUCAACGAUUUUCUUAUGUAUAUAGCAGAAUCUGAAGAUGAAAUUCAAUUCAGAGAUCUGCCCAGCGGCAGAUUUAACACAUAAAAAUGUCAUGAAAACAUAUAUUCAAUAUUAAUUGUACAUGCUUUGUUAGGGAGUCCUUUC